GAUAUGAGGAGGAGGGCCCAGAGGACACCGUGGACACUGAGGACCCAGAGGGCAUCAUGGACACAGAAAACUCUGAUGAAUCCGAGGACACCAAGGACCCAGAGGACACCAAGGACAACAAGGACUCCAAGGACUCCAAGGACACCGAGGACACAGAGGACCCAGAGGACCCAGAGGACACCAAGGACACCGAGGACCCAGAGGACACCAAGGACAACGAGGACACCAAGGACACCGAGGACACCGAGGACCCAGAGGACCAUGAGGACCCAGAGGACACCAAGGACACCGAGGACCCAGAGGACCGAGAGGGCCCAGAGGACACCGUGGACACUGAGGACCCAGAGGGCAUCAUGGACACAGAAAACUCUGAUGAAUCCGAGGACCCUGAGGACCCAGAGGACACAGAGGAAACCAAGGACACCAAGGACCCAGAGGACAACAAGGACAACGAGGACACCCAGGACACCCAGGACAACCAGGACCCAGAGGACCCUGAGGACACUGAGGAGCCAGAGGACAACAAGGACAACGAGGACACCCAGGACACCCAGGACAACCAGGACCCAGAGGACCCUGAGGACACUGAGGAGCCAGAGGACAACGAGGACACCGAGGACCCAGAGGACACCGAGGACACCAAGGACACCGAGGACCCUGAGGACACUAAGGAGCCAGAAGGCCCCCAGGACUAUAAAGACUCAGAGGAACCCGAAAAUACAGAAGAACCACAAGAACCCCAGGACCCAGAGGACAGCCUGAGAGUCCCCACCCCCA